AUGACGAUUUACUCAAUUCUUCGGCACGUUGUCCGCAAUGAUGCUAUCCGUAUUGACCCCCCAGAGGUGUACAAUUGGCGUAUUCUUGCUUUGGCUUCCUCGGCAUGCUUUGCUGGAUCACUCUUUGGAGUGGACGCGGGAAUUAUUGGCGGCGUCCUGGUGAUGCCUGACUUCAAAAGAGAAUUUGGUCUCGAUACACGACCACCAAGUGUCGUUGCUGAUCUUUCCGGUAACCUUGUUACUACUAUGCAAGCUGGUGCUGUGUUGGGAGCCCUCAUAUCCAGCCCGUUUGCAGAUCGAAAGGGGAGAAAGCCUGCCCUUCUUGGUGUCGCCAUUGCCGGCCUCAUUGGUGGGAUUAUGCAGGCGUUUUCUUAUGGCCAUCUGCCCGUCUUCUAUAUCGGAAGAUUCAUUGAAGGUAUCGGCCUCGGCGCAGGAACAAUGCUUGCGCCAACUUACGUGUCUGAGAACUCUCCUAGAGCUAUCCGCGGCUUCUUGGUUGGAUUCUUCCAACUUUUCUUGGUAAUGGGCAGCAUGGUCGCGUACUUCAUCAACUAUGGUUCUCUGCUACAUCUUCCGGUAAGGAGUUUUAUCCCAGCACGCCUCACAAAUGUAACAUUGCUAAUAAUUCUUCUAUCCUCAGCCAAUGGCUUCGUGGAUGGUUCCGUUGGCCUGCCAAGCGAUAUGCCCGACGCUCUUAUUCAUCAGCAUGCUCUUUUGUCCCGAGUCUCCUCGAUGGCUGGCAUCCCAGGACCAGUGGGAAAAAGCCACCGAAGUGUUGUCAGACGUGCGACACCUCCCGGUCGAGCACCCAUACAUCCAGCAAGAACUACUCGAGUUACGUAUACAGCUAGACCAAGAAAAUGCUAUUAUGCAAGGAACGGGAUUUUGGGCACUGCAAAAGGAGUGCUGGACGGUCGCCACGAAUCGGAAGCGAGCAUUGCUAACUAUCGGGAUGAUUACAUUUCAGCAGUGACUGGUGCAAUCAAUUACUACGCUCCUACAAUUUUCAAAGACCUUGGCCUCUCGGGCACGACUACGGCCCUCUUUGCCCAAGGCAUAUACGGCAUCGUUAAGGUGAUUACUUGCUUGAUCUUCGUCUUUUUUCUCGCCGACUCUCUUGGUCGACGCCUUUCCUUAAUGUGGAGCGGCGCCUUGCAGGGGUUUUGCAUGUUUUUCUUGGGUUUUUACGUCCGGUUCGGGCCUAAGAUUGGAGAGAGCGAAAGCCCGCCUCCAGCUGGUAUUGCAGCUCUAGCCAUGGUAUACAUCUUCGCUGCAGCCUUCAACAUGGGUUGGGGGCCUGUAUCAUGGAUCUAUGUUUCUGAAAUACCGACGAAUCGGCUGAGAGCCUAUAAUGUUGCACUGGCGUCACUUACACACUGGCUACACAAUCUGGCUGUGUCAAAAGCGACCCCAGUGAUGUUAUUCUCGAAGCCAUAUGGAGCAUACUUCAUCUUUGGAUCAUUGAAUCUCACUAUGGGGAUCCUUGCCUUUUGGCUCCCUGAGACUAAGGGUAUCUCAUUGGAGCGGAUGGAUGAGAUUUUUGGGGCCGCCGACAUGUCCAACGUGGAAGACCUUGGUGUCGCAGCAAAGCGGGCGAAGAAUGUGGAUGAGCAAUUGGAGGAAGAGGAAACAGUUCAUACAUCCAAGGCUUGA